AAUUUCUCACUAUGAGACCUUUAAAGUUGGCUCUGAGGAACUGGUUCAACGUGGAUGUGGAUGGAAACAAUUAGUGGAUUAAAUGCAGACUGUUUGUUUGUGAUGUUUUAGGAGGAAGCCUUUCUUUUAUCCUUUACAAAAUGACUAAUUAUGAUUUAAUGUUUGCCACUGCAAAUACUUUAGAAGCUCAAACACACCCACACAGGCGCGCUUUGCAGAGGGGGGGAAGGUCAGAUUGCAAAUGAGGAAGUGCUCAAUGACUCUGACCUUUGUGUGAUACAUGCACACACAGUCAUACACACCUGGAAGUAAAGGAAAAACGGCAGCAGUGGCAGACAGGUGGGAAGGUUGAGACACAAAGAAGCGCGGACGACGUCAGAGUUUUUUCAUAUCUGAACUUCUGUGAAGCGCGAUGGAGUAGCUGGUGGAUCCACCAGUGAAUGGAUCUGCACAGGAAACUCCAGUGAUGGAGCCGAAAGCUUCUCUGCUCUCUGAUUCGAUGAGGUCUUGUUGUGGUCGUCAUUAAGAAACACGAAGAAACAAGAGCGAGAAGAAGAAGAAAAAAAAGAAAAAAAGCUGCGUCUCUAUCUGGUGGAGGAAUUCCGGCCUGUCAGCUAUUUUUGUUCCUGUCUUGCUUUCACUAUUUUGUGAAAGGAGACGUAAAAAGGAAGGAAGCGAGCGAACGACGCAGAAGGGGGAAGAGACAGACGUAUACUGUGUGAACGUCCCGACGAGUGACAGUUGUUUUCAGGAGCAGCUGAGAAGAAAAAAGUGAGGAGACGACAUGGUUCGGUGGUUCCACAGAGACAUCACUGGUGUGCAGGCCGAGGAGAUCCUGAAGUCUCGAGGCAUCCAUGGCAGCUUUCUGGCUCGACCCAGCAAGAAAAAUGUUGGCGAUUUCUCCCUGUCCGUCAGGGUGAGUGACCAGGUCACCCACAUCCGCAUCCAAAACACUGGAGACUACUACGACCUGUACGGAGGGGAGAAGUUCGCCACCCUGUCGGAGCUGGUGGAGUAUUACACUGCAGAGAACGGCAUCCUUCAGGACAAAGACGGGACGAUCAUCGAGCUCAAAUAUCCUGUGAACUGCUCCGACCCGACCACAGAAAGGUGGUACCAUGGUCACCUGUCCGGCUCAAACGCAGAGAAGCUGCUCACCGCCCGAGACGAGCCGGGCACUUUCCUGGUCAGAGAGUCGCUGUCCAAACCUGGAGACUUUGUCCUCUCUGUUCUGACUGAUGAAAUCAACAAAAACGGAUCGAAGAGGGUCUCUCACAUCAAGAUAAUGUGCCAGAAUGACCGGUACACGGUCGGAGGCUCAGAGUUGUUCGACACGCUGACAGAUCUGGUGGAUUUCUACAAGCGCAAAGGCAUCGAGGAGAUUUCUGGAAACUGGGUCCAUCUCAGACAGCCCUAUUUCUCCACCAGGGUGAUCGCGUCAGACAUCGACAGCCGAGUGAAGCAGUUGGACCUCACCUCCGACAAGCCGCUCGAGGGCGAAGGGGAAAAGAGCAAAGCUGGCUUCUGGGAAGAAUUUGAUGCCCUCCAGAAGAUGGAGGCGAAGGUGAAGAAGAGCAGAGAGGAAGGUCAAAGACCAGAGAAUAAGAGCAAAAACAGAUACAAGAACAUUCUUCCAUUCAACGACACCAGAGUCAUCCUGCAGAACGCUGAUCCCAACGUUCUCGGCUCGGAUUACAUAAACGCCAACUAUGUGAAAGACAAACUCUGGGAGGCCGGAGGACAGAAAGUUUACAUCGCCACCCAGGGUUGCCUAGCAACAACUGUGAACGACUUCUGGCAGAUGGUGUGGCAAGAGAAAACGCAUGUGAUCGUCAUGACGACCCGAGAGGUUGAGAAAGGCCGGAAUAAAUGUGUGCCGUACUGGCCUGAUUCUCAAGAACCCAAAGACGUCAGCGCCUACGUGGUUUCCUGCGAGUCGGAGUUGGAAGCUACUGAUUACAAAGUCCGACUUUUGCAUAUUGCUCCCGUGAACCAGCCCAAGCUCUCCCGUCCCAUUUGGCACUACCAGUACCUCAGCUGGCCGGACCACGGCGUCCCCCAGGAGCCGGGCGGAGUCCUCAGCUUCCUCACACAAGUCAACGCUAAACAGGCUGAAUACCCUGAGGCCGGCCCCAUGAUCAUCCACUGCAGUGCUGGAAUCGGUCGGACGGGUACCAUCGUGGUGAUUGAUAUGAUCCUCGAGACAAUUGAUAGUCUAGGUCUGGACUGCGACAUAGACAUCCCCAAAUACAUACAGAUGGUGCGAGAGCAGCGCUCUGGCAUGGUGCAGACCGAGGCUCAGUAUAAAUUCAUCUACCUGGCCGUUUCCGAGUACAUACAGACCACGAAGGCCAAAGAGAGCGCCUCAAAGGAAACCGAGACCGAGUAUGGAAAUCUGCAGCUCAAACACCAGCCAGCCAGCAGGAAGGUGUCAAAGAACAAGGAUGACGUCUACGAGAAUCUGUCGAAAGGAAAGAAAGAUAUGAAAAAAUCAAAGUCUGAAAAGAAAACGGGAUCGGUGAAGAAAAAAUAGACGACACAGGAGGAAGGUUUCUUAGUGUCAUAUUUAUGCAGGCAUGUUUUUUGUUAAGGAAGUGGAGUCCACUGAAUAUAAAUUAACUGUUAAAAUGAUAUUUCAUAAAGCAAGUGAGUGGCUGGAUUAUGUGUGUUAAAAUAAAAGCAGAAUAUGUGAAACGCUGCAUCAGGAAUAACGUUUGUUUCUAAAACUCCUUGUGAUGUAAUGGGGACCCGUAGCAGGAGUCGCCUUGUAUCAUUUACUGUUCAGCUUCUAAUGCUGGAGUUUACAAACGAAUGUAAAGAUAAUAAAAAAUAAAUUCAGAAAAACCUCAGAAAUUUGGAGUUUC